AGAAUAGGACACACAAGACAUACAAAAGACAAGUGAACAGUAUUUAACCAGCUCCCGCUGGAUUACCCAAAAGAAACAUGGUUUCUGUCGAGGGGCUCUCCAACUGGUUAAACAGAAAACAAUGAGAACAACUAAAGAUAUAGAUUGAUACAAUAUAAAAAAUAUAAGGCUUGACAUAAAUAACAUACUUGUGGGUAAAAAUUGUGGUAAGAUGAAAAGGGGAAGAAAUAAGCACUUCUAGGAGUAGUAUGCGCUAAUUCAACCAGCUUCAAGGCAAAAAAGGGCAAGCGCGUAAAUUACAUUGCAAUAGAGGUUGUUGCAAGUGAAAAAAUGCCUUUGUGAUCACUUUACAUUCUCCCUACCAAUUCAAAGGCGUGCGCAGGGUUGCGGUCGUGAAUAAUCAUGUUUAGUUUUCACUAAGCCAAUCGCAGUCGAGUUUUCAAAAGCGGUAGCUGAUGGUGAAAGGAAAGUCCAUUCCCUCCACGCACACUUUAGGCUGUCAGUAAUCAUCGAUUUGGUAGUUGUUCGAACAGAAAGUGCUGCGAAAGUCAUGGUUUUACUCCACUGAUCCAGAGAUGAAGAGAUGGACAAUGUUGUGACACACCCAAAAACCCUGGGGGUAAAAAAACAUGCUCUGAUGCAUCCAAAUUCAAUCUGCAGUUCAUAUUGAUGUUAAAGUGGCAUUGAAAACUUUGCCACAAGUCCCCACAGUCAAACAUAAAUAUAAAAUUUGAAAACUGAGACAUGCUGGGAAUGUCAGCCUUGUGGGUACUUUGGGUGCUGUGGUGUAGUUUUCUGGUUUCCUCCACCGCGGGCCAAAACGUCAACCAGCAAGCCUGCGAGACAACGAACAGUGAUGGCACCAGGCAGUACCGCGCAUGCCUGGCCGACGCAGAGGUGCUGUACAACCUCAACAUCUUGCCCACCGUGGAACCCGAAGAUUACACCUGUGGCUUCGGCCCAACUGAUAGAGAAAACAUAUACUGCACUCUGGACGUCUCGCAGACAUGCAGCUUGUGCGACGCGUCCAACAGCAGCCUGUCCCACCCGCCCAGGUACAGCUAUGACCAGCCUGUCCCGGGCCAGCCCACCUGGUGGCAGUCCAUCACCUGGUACAACUACCCCACCCCACUGGAGGUCACGCUGACUCUGUCCCUUAACCACUCCUACACGGUCAACAGCGACAUCAGGAUGGUUUUCCAGUCCAGCCUGCCCCGCCGCAUGGUUCUGGAGAAGUCCUCAGACUAUGGCCAGUCCUGGCAGCCAUACCAGUACUAUGCCCACAGCUGCAGUUAUUUCCAGAUGACCGCCGCGAACAGCCCCAGCACCCCGACAGAGGUCAUCUGCAGUGAGGGUUACAGCAGUGGGCCUCAGACGGUGUUCUACUCAGGUGGAGAGGUCAUAUUUGCUGUGCAGGACCGCCUUUCUCUCCUGACGACCUCUCCCUUCCCAGACAUCUUCCAGAGGGCGUAUGAGAAUGCCACCGAUUUGAAGGCAUUUCUAGAACUGACCGACUUGCGGUUGAGGUUAUUAUACCCUGCAACGGAUGGCCUUGAAUGGACUCAACAGUACCAGAGCCUCAUUCAGUACUACUAUGGCAUAUCCAACAUUGAUACUUUCCUCAUAUGUAACUGCAACCUACACGGCAAGUACUGUUCCGUGGAUGAUAACUCCGAGACUGUGUGUCAGUGUUCACACAACACCAUGGGCAAGAACUGUGAGCAGUGCCUCCCUCUGUAUAACAACCGGCCUUGGUCGGUCGGUUCCACCCUUCCGUUUCCAGUGGGGACUGCAAAUGAAUGUGAAAAAUGCAUUUGCAAUGAGCAUAGCGACAGUUGCACAUAUGACUCGUUCCUUGGGCAAGGUGUAUGCAAUGAUUGUAGGGACAACACAGCUGGUCCGUCCUGUGAUAUCUGUGUAAGUGGUUACUUCCGAAAUACCAGCAUCUCAGCAAGCAGCCCAGAGUCCUGUAUUGAAUGCAACUGUGAGCCCCUCGGGACAGUGGAGAAUGACACAAGUUGUGCCCAGUUUUCCAUAGACGGCAAGCUCAUCGGUCAGUGUAACUGCACUGAGAAUGUGGAGGGCCGUGCUUGCGACGUUUGUAUGGACGAGUACUAUGGACUGCUCCAGGUUGACCCACAGGGGACAUGCAAAGAGUGCAGUUGCAAUCUCCUGGGCACAGUCAAUGCCAGCAACGUCUGUGAAAAGGAGUUAGGAGCAUGCCUCUGCAAGCCCAGCACAGGCAACCGUGACUGUGGACAAUGCAGGGAUAGUUACUAUGGUUACCCAACUACAGAAAGUGAGGAGUGUUCAGCGUGUGACUGCAGCAUUGGAGGAUCCACCUCCCCGGUAUGCAACAAAGUGUCGGGUCGCUGUUCUUGCCGCCGUAACAUUACAGACAGACAGUGCUCAGUCACCGAGCAAGGCUUCUACUUUGAGCUGCUUGACAGUAAUCGCUAUGAUUCAUGGGAGGCCGAAUCUGACUGCUUGCGUACCUCUGCCGUGCCUUUCAACCUCUUUACCGGUUCUGGCUUUCAGACUUGUUACCAGGGCAACCAGGUGACAUUCAGAGGAGUCAGGGCUGUCACUAGCCUGGCUGAUGCCCUGUUUUACCGUCCUGCUAUCCGCUACACCUAUGACUCCACUUCCCCUUGGCAGCAAGCCAAUUUGAAUGUUGUCGUGUCCCAGCCAGAUGCUGGUUCUUCAUCCUGCCCGGUGGCUGCCAACACCCCCAUCUCCUCGUUGGUCAUCAGCUUGCCCCCGGGCACGGCAACGGCCUGGUAUGCAUCGCAGGGAGAAUCUCUGAUGCUGGAUCGGCGGUGCCGAUACGACUUCACUCUGACGCUGAGCUCCAGAGGGGCCGGUGCCCAGGAAAUCAAGAUCGAUGGGCUGGUGAUCAUGCCAGCCCCCAAUGCCUUCUCUGUCUACACUCAAGCUGAUAUACCCACAAAGGAGAUUUAUACAGCAUGCAUUAGCAACAUGACAGCGAUAGCGACGCGGCAGUCUGCCAUCGACCAGUGUCGAGCCUUCAUGUUUUCUGUGUCAGCUGAGAGCAAAAACGGAGCAGUAGUUUGUGACUGUGAUCCAACAGGCACCAUUGGCAGUGGAUGCAAUUCAUACGGCGGAGCGUGCACAUGCAAGAGUGGCGUUGGUGGACGCCGCUGUGAUCGUUGCCUGCCAGGAUUCUUCGGCUUCUCAGCUGAGGGCUGCACAUCUUGCAACUGUGACGUGACGGGAUCGCUUAGCCUGGCCUGUGACUUUGGCUCUGGCCAGUGCCCGUGCAAAUCUGGUGUGGCACCGAAUGGUCAACUGAAUGACCAAGGCAACAGUGCCAGUCGGCAUUGCCGAAGCUGCUUGGCCAACUACUACGGGUUCAGCACAGGCGGGGGAUGCCUUGCGUGCAACUGCAACCCAGAGGGGUCAUCCACCUUGCAGUGCUCGGAGACUGGUGUGUGUCCGUGCAAACAGACCAUCUCGGGGAACCAAUGCAGUAACUGCUUGCCGGGAUACUACUCAUUCUCAGCGAAUGGCUGCACGCCAUGCAACUGCAACCCCGCAGGUUCGACCAGUACAAGCUGCCAUCCUGACCAGGGCACCUGUGCCUGCAAGCCCAAUGCCCAGGGCCCCAAGUGUAGCCAGUGCCAGCCGGGCUACUUCAACCUGCAGCCGACCAAUCCUGACGGCUGUCAGCCUUGCUUCUGCUAUGGCCACGGCAGCCAAUGCAACGCGGCACCAGGCUACAUUGCCUCCAGCAUCGCAGACGAUUUCACUGCCCAGGGUUCCAGGAGUUGGAGUGCCACAGAGCCUACGGCCCUGAUGGUCAACCCAGACAACAUGAGAGUCGUUCACCCCGCGGCGUCUCCCAGCACCUCCUACAUCUACCUGCUGGUUCCCAGGGAGUACCUCGGCUCACACCUGGACCUUUACAGUCAGACAUUCGCCUACACCAUGAAGCUGGACAUGGGGUCAGUGGACAACACCACGAGCCAAUACUUGAUCAUCACAGGGGGACGGAGCAACAUGGCUGUGUAUUACAGCGCCGAGGUGUUCACUCCCAUGCCAACGGAGAGGCGGUUUGAGGCUAUAUUUUAUGAGUCCAACUGGCAAGUGGUAGGUUUUGAGAGGGCACCCACGGUCAGUGAGUUUCAAGAGAUCCUGAGUGACAUUGCCAGCAUCCAAAUUCGUGCCUCAUUUGGCAACGGCACAGCCAGCACGUUCUACAGUGUUUCCAUGGAUACGGCCAAGUACAUGCCAACUCCAGGAAGCUCCACCAGUUUUGUGACUACGGUAGAGCAGUGCACAUGCCGUGUAUCGACAAACACUAUGGGCCUCUCAUGCGAUCAAUGCCAGCCCGGGACAUACCGGCAGAAUUCAAUGGACACGCCUUUCGAUGCGUGCCUGCCUUGCAACUGCAGCGGCCGGGCCAACACGUGCAACACCGUGACGGGCGUGUGCCAGGGCUGCCAGCUGGGCACGGUGGGGGACCACUGCGAGAGCUGUGCGGCCAAUGUGCAGGAGCCACUGUGCGACGCUUGUCUGGCUGACCACUACGGGUUUGGGACUGAACUGUUUGGGGGUGCAUGCUCGCCUUGCAACUGCAAUGUGACAGGCACCGGUGGUGCCACACAGUGUAACAUGCAGACCGGCCGGUGUCCCUGCACAGGCAACUAUGGUGGGAUGCUAUGUGAUGCCUGCCAGCUCAACUACUACAACUACUUCCUGGGCUGCCUGGGCUGCGACAUGUGUUAUGACAGUAUCUCCACUGAGCAUACCGACCUCGUCAGCAGGUCAACUAACCUGACCAGUUUCAUCGGCAUGCUAAGGGCAGCUGAUAUGUCCGCUGCACUGGGACCAUUCUACAAUCGCUUGAUGGUGACCUACAACCAAACACUGCAGCUUGUUGAAACGACUAAUUCCGUCAUCCGUGAAGGCGACAACCUGACCAGCCUUGUAGCUUCCCUGAACACUACCAUGCACCAGCUGCUGGCUAGCCUGAGAGGUUCCAUCCAGUCAGGGGUAGAGUCAGCGGACCAGAGCCUGGUGUCGGCAAACGAGCUUGUGGGUCAAUCUCUGGGGGCCAUUGUGGGUGUAGAGCAGGCUUUGGCUGGGGCCCACCAUGGACUGACAAGCGGUGACAUUCAGUCAACACGGUCCAUGCUGAGCCAGCUCACGAUGGACCUGGUGUCCAUACAGACCCAGCUGACUAACCUGUCUGCCUCAGUCGAAUCGCAAGAAGCUGCGCUAACUCAGAAUGCCACCAACCUGAUAGAAAUUGCUGAUACCAUGCUACGGACUGCAGAUGGGGCUCUCAUGAUGGCCCAGCAAGCCCAGGUCACCCAUGACAACACCACCACCAAGACUGCCGCGUUGGUCACCAAGGCUAACCAGGUCACUGACCUGGGUCAGAGGACACAGCAGGCUGUGUCAGAGGUCGCACAGAGGGCUCAAGCAGCCAGCUCCGCGAGAGAGGAUGGGAGGGGGGCAGAGCUGUCAGCCAGGAUUGGGGAGCUUGCCACCGAAAUCGUUGGAGUGAUAGAGACCGCUCUGACAAAGAACAGCGAGGCAGCUGCAGUUGAAGUACAGGCUGGAGUCCAAGAGGCCAAUAACAGCCACAUAAUCACAGAGGUUGCAGAGGCAAGAGCCCAAACUGCCAGCCUGGUUACUGAUUCUAAUACAACCAUCACUGAUGUCAAUGCACGCUAUGGCCGGGCCUCGGCAGCCAACCAAUCAGCAAGUGAGGCUGUGGCAACUUCAGAAACAUCGUUCAGUGCUGCGGAGGAGAUGAGAACGAUUGUGCAGAGUUUUGACAGCCAAUCAACAGAUGCUCAAACAGCUGCAGAUACAGCCCUGUUAAAAGAGCCAGGUAUUCAAACAUUAACCAUGGAAACUGUUGCCUCGGCAACCGAGCUGAGGGGUCAGCUGACAGACAUAUCCACAAAUGCCCAGGAGGGGCUGAGCAAGGCUAAUGCAGCAUCCCAGACAGCCCAAGCUGAAGGACAGAGCAUCAGCUCAGUAAACCAAAGGGCAAUCCAGUUGGCCAGGGAGUCUGCCAUCAAGCUGCAAGACACCAAUCAGACAUCAGAGUCUGUCCGUGCCAUCAACACAACCCAGCUCCAACCAGCCAGGACAAGCUGCGACAUUUACGCCCCAGGCCUCCAGGGCCUGGAGAGUACGGUAACACAGGCCAACGCCGAGGCACAGACCACCACGGACCAGGUGCUGGUCUCCCAGGCGACGGUCAACCGGCUCCUGGUGGAGGUAGAGACCAUUCAGCAGGCCAAUCUGUCAGACCUGCCUGGUCUGAUGGAGAGGAUCCGACAGGCAAGGUUGGCAUUCACGCAAGGGGACUUUGCACAACUGGUCACGGCAUUGUCACGGUCGGUGCAGGAGCAGCAGGCCUGGCUCGAUGCCACGCAGGAGCAAGCAACAGAGAUUGAAGCACAAAUCAACACCCUGGAGAGUUUUAGAGUUACAUAGUUAUUGCAGUUUUUUGAAAUUGUUGUCGGCCCGAAAUGUUCCUGUGAAUGUGUACAAACCAGUUUGAAUUUGUGUGUUAAAACUUGUAUGUAAAAUUGGUCACAGGUUCCCAUGGGCCCCUAAUGGAAGUCACAUCUUUCACUGAUGAAGGUAAAGUUACAAGCGGUACAGUUACAAAUGUCUGGUGAAUUUUUUUAAUUUUCUGAUUGACUGUCAUCAAGGGCGGAGUUGGGGAGGGAAACAAAGGAAUCACUGUUGUCAUAGUUGAUUCCACCCCCCCCAGCUGAUAAACACAGUGAGAUCGUGUCUCUACAAAUCCUACGUUUUACCACAGAACAUCUUGAACCUGAAAUGUUUAGGGUGCCUUUUAUAGCAGGCUGUAGACCCCAAUGGCAUUAAGGGCUUCAUUCUGUGCACUCACAUAAACCCAUGGAACACACUGGAACUAGGCUCUCAAAAUUGGUGCCUACCCCUUUCUCAAAAGGUUAGAUCCACCUCUGAUUUAACCUUGAUUUUAUUGGCAUAGUUCACCAGACUCUCAAGAAGUUUAGCUUUUCCUAAUGAAAUAUCUAUUAUUUUUUACUUUAAAAAAAUUCCUCAUACAAGAAUUCCACCAAGUUCAGAGUGCUACACAAGUAACUGUAAUUGUGUUUUUAAGUUUUCCUUCAAAAUUAGCCAGCUUGUCUCGAAAUGAAAUAUGGUUUUAAUCAUUUACCCAGAUCACAGUAAUUGUAUAUUGAGAUAGUCGUCCAGUACUACUAAUUUAUAAGUAUCUUAAUUUUGUGUCAGUAAUUUAACUCUUUUCAGAUGCACUUUUAGGUUUUAAAGAUUUUUUUAAAACAAUAUAUUGAAAGUGUUUUAAAACAGUGUAUUAUCCUCUCUUCAUUCAAAGGAUGAAAUGAUCAGUGGUAUGCCACAACAGUAGUUUUUCAUUUUCCUUGCAACUUGCAUUCAAACAGAGUUAACUUUGACUAGAUCCCUCAGAGUGAUUCCAAAACAAUCACAACUGAUGGGAUUUUCGAUAAGGAAUGCCAGGCAGAAAAUCCUUGCUUUACAUAAUGUCAUUAAAAAAAUGUAGAAUGGCUAUCCACCUUGAGCAGAAUCACCCCUUCAUUGGUGAAAAAGAGCCUCAUUUGGUGGGGUGUUCAUUUGGUAGCAACGGGACCAUAUCCAUGAAUUUCAUAGUCCUUCAUGAACCAGCAAAGAGCAGUUCCCACCGAAAGAGCCUCUAUUGCCAGAAAAAUUGCUCCCUCUCUUGGUCCCACUUGGGGCGGAUACCUUAGGAAAGCUUGACUUUAAAGCGGAGAAUGUCUCAAAAUUACCACAAUUGGCAAAUAUGUGGAUUUACAAUGUAUAUGCUUUCCAUGUGGAGUUUACUUUGGAUUGGAUUGUUUGUUCUUUCUCUAAUUUCAGUAAAACUAUGCAGCUGAUGAUGAUAAGGCAUACAUUAAACUACUUUCAAUUGAGUUGUAUCAUAGAACUACCGCUGAUACUAUUUAAACCAUUUCCUCUGGCCUAUCCAUCUUUGAAAGGGACAGGGGAUAAUGAGUCAAAUCAAUCACUGAACUGCCUGAUUUUCUAAUGUUGAUGGUUGAUUGGAGCUGUAUCAUUAAUUGAGACCUUGCCCUUUUGCUCCAUGAUUUUCUGUUACUGCUUGUAAGAGGCUUUGAAACCCAACAAAUCUGUAUAAUUCUUUAAAACUUUGAAGCUUAUUUGGCACUGAAACCAUAGUACAGGGACACGAUUGUGGCCUCAGGUGAAGUUUCAUUAAUGGCCAGCAGUUCAGGGAAUACAUGUAUCUAUCACUUCUGCGAUUAUCCAGAACCUUCUACUUAAAUUUGAAAAGAGAUUAAUCCAAGUGCAUAGAGAUUAAUUCAAGUGCCAUUGUCGGAAGAACAAAAUUGUUUGUCAGCAUAUAUGCAAAAGACCUGCCUUUUCGUGUAUAAAAUCUGCACGUGGUCUGACAUCACAUUGCAGUGAACUACCAUCAACCAAAGAUUACAUUGUCUUUGGUUAAUGGUGCUGUGUGGACUUUGCUUGAAACUUUAAAUAUGUUCUUGCCCAUAUGUAACGGUAAUUUGUGUAAGUUUGGUCUGUAAGGAUGUAUUUCUUUUGGUUCUAAGUCACAAUUUUUAAGUACACACUGUCAUUAAGUCCUUAAUACUGUUUAUACGAUAUAGUAUAUUCAUUGGCCCUGUGGUUUGUUUUUAAUCUCUCUAGUUUUGAUAUUUUAGAAUUCUGAGUAUAGCCUGGCUUCCUGUGCAUUGCUUUUUUUUGUAAAUAUGUGUCAUACUUAAUUCGAACAUGACUUAAUCUGUGUGAACAUUCCAGCUCUUGUGUACAAAAGAUGUGUUUGAUUGGUCUUCAUUAAAUAAAUACUACGACACAUAU